AUGGAUGAAUCACGAUCAUCACAACCACAAAAAAGAGAAAUUGCUGAAGUUUCGAAAAAAUGGAAAAAAAUACAAGCAAUGAUACCGGAUGUGAUUGAGUACGGUGUUGCAAAUGGAAUUAUUGUGAAACGUCGAGAUAAGAAUGAUGUUAAUGGAUUUAGUUUGACAAAUUUGAUAAAAGCAGCUGAAAUUGACGGUGGUCAAAAUGAUAAACGAAUUCAUCUCAGUGAUACACGAAUUCAUCUUCCAACUAAUGAUAUUACUCUAAUGCAUUCUGCGAUACCAUUUCUUCCGCUACCAGCUGCUGUAUUUUGUGCUAUAAUUAAUAUUAUUAUACCUGGCUUAGGCACAAUAAUGAGUGGAUUUUUUGCUUUAUGUGUUGGACAAACACGUGUGAAUUAUCGUGAGGGUCAAAAGCUGAUGACCAUACUGAUUAAUUCAUUGAUUGGUAUUGGUCAAUUCUUCACGAUAACAUUCUUGUUUGUCGGAUGGUUUUGGUCAAUGGCUUGGGGCGUACAGUAUCGUGAUGCAUUACGUCAACGUCGUCAAGAAGUAAUCGCAACAGCAGCAUUGGAAGCACUGACUCGAGAUUCAAUUUUACAUCGUCGUGAUGUGAAAACAUUAGUUACCGAACAUAAGGAAAAAACUGAAACCAAAAAGGAUGGAGGACAAAGUGUACAGGUCACCGUUACCUGA